AUGUUUAAUUCAGCCAUCGUAUUGGAUCAAUCUGAUGGUACUUCAAAAAGAUUUUCAAUUCCCGUUGUUCAGGAAUUGGCAUCUCAGCAUCUUCAAAGCCUUCCUCAAAGGUAUAUCAGGUCAGAGAAGGAGCGCCCAAGUGCAUGUCCUACUAGUCAUUUGGAUAUCCCUAUAAUUGAUAUGAACAUGUUUUUGGGGGAAUCAGAUAUCUGCAGGCAAAAGGAAAUGGAAAAGAUUGGAAUUGCAUGUAAAGAAUGGGGAUUUUUUCAGUCUCUCCUGGACAGGAUUAAGGGAAUUAUGAGAGAAUUCAUUCAACUACCAUUGGAAGAAAAACUCAAGUAUGAAGUGCAAGAGCGUGACGGCUAUGGCCAGGCCUUCAUUGCCUCAGAUAACCAAAAACUGGACUGGGUAGAUAGGAUGUACUUGACCAUUUUACCCACAGAGAAUAGACAAAUGAAAUUUUGGCCAGAAAAGCCUGUGGACUUCAGAGAGACCCUGGAUCAAUAUGCUACUGAAAUUCAGAAACUUUGCAAUACAGUUUUGCGUCUUCUUUCUGAGAAUAUUGGCCUAAAAUCAGAUUAUUUCAUUAACAUGCAUGGGGAGAUUUCCCUCUCAAUUAGAUGCAACUACUACCCACCUUGCCAUAGACCAGAUCUGGUUUUUGUCUUGUCUCCUCAUUCAGAUGGAGGUAGUUUAACAGUACUGCUGCAGGAUGAUGAGAUAACGGGACUGCAGAUCUGUAAGGAUGGUGAAUGGAUUCCUGUUCAACCCAUCCCAGGCGCGCUUGUUAUCAAUAUUGGGGACAUGCUUGAGGUGAUGAGCAACGGAAAAUAUGAGAGCAUUGAGCAUCAGGCAGUCACCAAUAUGCACAAAGAUCGAAUCUCUGUUGCCAUGUUCUAUGCUCCAGGCAAGAAUACAGAAGUGGGACCUGCCCCUGAGCUUAUAGAUGAGUUGCAUCCAUGCCAUUACAGGAGAUUCAUCGUUGGUGAUUAUUUACAACAUUUCUUGUCUAACAAGUUUGAUAGGAAGAAGAAAAUUGAAUUUGCUAAGAUUAUGUCUUAGUUUUGAUUUCAAUUUUCAAUUUAAGAACACAUUUAAUCGACCAUGUAUUUGAGCUUGUUAAGGUCUA